CACGUACCUACGAUAUACGGACAGCAACAUAACUGCCAACUGCCAACAAACACUUCAGUACCUUUUAAUACCAUUAUUAGCUGUCCAUUUGUUUAUUGCAUUUAUAGCAUUAUGUCGUCUGGUGGAUGGGAAAUAGUUGGAAGAAAUAAGAAAGACAAAAGCAAUGGCAAGAUCAAUAAACUUACAAAAGUAGAAAAAAAGAAAUUUAUCGAAAAUGUACCAAAAGUGGAAGAUUUUCUUCCCUUAAGUCAAGUAAAAACAUUAUAUGAUAAUUUGGAUAAUAACAAGGAAAAUAAAAAGCCGUCAAAGGAGAAAGAAAAUAAAAUGAAAGAGAAUGAAGAAAAGAAGAAACAGCAGAAACAGCAGCAGUCUGAGAAAAAGAAGCAAGAACCAAAGGAAAAACCCCCAAAGUCUAUAAAAGAUGCAUUAAAUGUGAUUAAUGCAGAAGAGCUUCGAAAUAUUUUUACUAGUAGUCAAACUAAAUUUCCUGAAGCUCCAUUAAUUUGGUUAAAAGAUCUUGCUGCCUUCCUUAAUAUAAAAAUACCUGUUGAUAAAGAAGAUGCAGUCUUUUCUGGGAAGCCUAAAGACUAUCCUUUAAGUAUAGUACCUAAAACAAUUUCUUCCAUAUUAGAAAAGGCAAUUGAUAUGGCGGGCAAACAAACAGCCCAACUUUUUUAUGAAAAUACUCUUACUACAAUGGCUACUGAUAUGGUUAAGGGAUCACCUGCUGUGGGUCACAAAAUAUUUUUACAACUUCUAGCACGUAUUAAUCCUGAAAUGACAAUUGCUAACAUUUCUAAAUUGAUCCGUGUAAAAAAUUCCUAUCAAAAUAGAAAAAAUAUUGGUCUUUCUUUAUUGUGGGCAAUCUCACAAGCUGGUAGAAAAAACUUAAUUGUGGGUUUGAAAGUAUGGCAUGAAGUAAUGUCUCCUAUGUUAGAGACAAAGAGUUACUGUAGUUAUGUAGCACAAAUUUUGAAUGAUCUUGUAUUUGGGCAUGACAUCUGUUAUGAUCUUAAACCAGAACUUUAUCUUGACAUUGUAGAAGAUACAUAUUCUGGGAAAUUUAAUAUUCCUGUUUCUGUAAGCGGGGAGAUCAAUAACAGCAUUGAAAAAUUAAGAUCAAUAUUGUUUAAAAAUAAGAAUAUAAGUUAUGUGAAGCUGUUUGAAUUGUUAAUUACAAAAGUUACACAGAAGGUAGAUACAAACUAUAGGGAUGAAUUAAUCAAAGCACUUGUGACUUGUUUGGCUACAGAUCCAUUUUGUUUCUUUGUGUGGAGGUCUGUUUAUGCCAAAAAUUUAUAUCAAUCUCAUUUGAUUUUAAUGCAUAUUGAUGCUAAAUGGCAUGAUUUGCACAUAACAUUAGAAACAAAAUGUUUAAAAGAAACAUGUAUAGAAUUUCAGACAAUUAAUGAAAGGUGGAAAAAGGGCAAAGAUGAAGGUCUUGCUAAUAAUUGUAGUAAGAUAUGCAAGGCUUUGUUACUGAAAAUGACAGCUUCUGCUAAUAAGAAAUAUUCCUGGAAAAAGGGAAUUAUUUUGUUAUUACUUUUUAUUAGUGCCAUCCUUGCUUAUGACAUAUACAAACAUGAUGAUUUUAAAGUAAAUAAGUUUUUAAAAAGAACUGGAUUAAUUGCCUAUGGACAACAGUCAUGGAUUGUAGUGCAAGAAUAUUCCACUAAAGCACUUGAAUUUAUAGAAGAUACUUCACCAGAACAUUAUAAAACAAUUGUUGAAACAUGUAAACCUUAUAUUAAAUUAGCAGGAGAUGCUUAUCUUUUAAUGAAGCAUCUUUCUCUUAAAGUUUAUGGUAAUAUUGCAGAAUAUAUUGGAAGAAAUGGUCCACUGAUUGUACAAAUAAUAGAGUAUUAUGUCCCAGGAAUGUUGGAUGAAAUUAAAUUACGAAGUAAUCAAGGUUUAGAAUAUGUAAAACUUUACUCAAAUUUAUGUGUGGAGAAGUUGAAUGAACGCUCAACUGCAACACUUCAAUGGCUAGAACAUAAUGUCUUUGUUGGAAAAUUAAGCCCAGAAAAUUUGCAAAAUUAUGCCUCAAAAGCUAUUGACACCACACAGACAUUAGCGAGUCAAACUUAUGAUUGGGUGUAUGAAAAGGUGCAAACACUUUCUAAAGUUCCAUGAAUGAAAUUUAUUAAAAGUUGCAUACCGAUUUUUUUCGGUGAUCAAAAAAAUCUCCUUUCAUACCUCUGCAUUUAGUUCUACAAUUCCAAACUUGAUAUUAUACAUUUCCAAAUAUAUUGUGACGGCCAUUUUACCUGUGAUAUUUGAAAAAUGUAUCAUACCAUUAAGUAUGAUAUUAAGAUCCAUAAAUUUAAUGAAAAUGUCAGUUUCUUUUUUAAGUUACUAUUGUCAAAAUAAUUAUUAAAGUAAUAUAUAGACUACACUA